AUGAGAGAAUACACCCAUGGGAGAAGCCUUGCAAAUGUCACUUAUAAGGCAGGAGAGAGACAUGACUAUUAUGGAUCUUCUGGGGAGCCUCAACAACAUCCUGAUGCUGACGAGGCAGAGAAGAGUCUCUCCAGAUCAGAACACCAGAUGGACAACGAUAGCCUGCCCCCCUCCUCCCUCCCGGAGUCACCGUGUCGUGCCUCUCCCAGUAGCACCUUACUGCUGGGUAUGAAGAGGUUGUCUGUGCUGCUGGUGGACUGCAGGAAAACAACGGGGCUGAGUGGAACUGUGAGAGGAGGAGAAGAGAUGAACGGAUCAGAUUUGACUCAUCAAAGAGGAAAACCAAACUUGGAGGAACCAGAGACGUCCAAACCAGCAAGACUCUGCUCCCAGAUUGGAAAGAGUUUUGCCAAGUUAGGAAGCCUGAAAAGACAUGAGAAGAGUCUCACAGGGGAAAAGCCUUACCACUGCUCCCAGUGUGGAAAGUGUUUUAACAGGUUAGGAGGCCUGAAAGCUCAUGGCCGAAUACACACAGGGGAGAAGCCUUACCACUGCUCCCAUUGUGGAAAAGGUUUUAGACAGCAAGGAAGCCUGACAGUUCAUGGCCGAAUACACACAGGGGAGAAGCCUUACCACUGCUCCCAUUGUGGAAAGAGUUUUAACAGGUUAGGAGGCCUAAUAACUCAUGAGCGAAUACACACAGGGGAGAAGCCAUACCGUUGCGCCCAGUGUGGAAAGAGUUUUGGCUCGUUAGGAAACCUGAAAUCUCAUGCACGAUUACACACAGGGGAGAAGCCAUACCAUUGCACCCAUUGUGGAAAGAGUUUUCGCAUGUUAGUAAACCUGCAGUCUCAUCUGCGAAUACACACUGGGGAGAAGCCAUACCGUUGCGCCCAGUGUGGAAAGAGUUUUAGACAGCAAGGAAGCCUGAAAGCUCAUGGCCGAAUACACACAGGGGAGAAGCCUUACCACUGCUCCCAUUGUGGAAAAGGUUUUAGACAGCAAGGAAGCCUGAAAGUUCAUGGCCGAAUACACACAGGGGAGAAGCCUUACCACUGCUCCCAUUGUGGAAAGAGUUUUAACAGGUUAGGAGGCCUAAUAACUCAUGAGCGAAUACACACUGGGGAGAAGCCAUACCGUUGCGCCCAGUGUGGAAAGAGUUUUAGCAUGUUAGGAAACAUGAAAAGACAUGUGGACACACACCGAAGUCUUUCCAUUGCUCCCUGUGUGGAAUGAGUUUUAACCAUUUAGGGAGCCUGAAAAGACAUGAGAGAAUACACCCAUGGGAGAAGCCUUGCAAAUGUCACUUAUAAGGCAGGUGAGGAUCCACACAGAGAAAAAUAACUUAUCCUACUGUGUAAACUGAUAUUUCACAUCACAUUGACUUAAAAUUCAUCAGAGAACAUACACAGUGCUCCCAUUGUCUUAUUUUAUUGACUGUGUUUAAUUGUUUAUGAAAUUGAAUUGUACAAAGCAUACUCUAAAAUAUAUUUGUAUGUUUUUAUUAGAAAAUAAAACUGAAUAUGGAGUCUGUCAGUUUGAAUACAGAGUAGAUCAGGUUCCAUGUGUUUAAAUGGUCCUUUUUUAAAGUCUGACAUUGUGUGUUUAUCUGAGUGUGUCAUUCCUCCAGCACCAUUGAUAAUCAGAAUAAGACCUUCAAAUAUGUCACCAUAACAACAGGCAUUUUACAAGCCUCCGACUGGUUGAAUAAACGUUGUUACCCGAA